GUCAUGGUAAAAAUGUUUGCUGUUGUGGUGGUGGUUCUCAUUGCACUAAAAUCUGCUACAACAAUCAGAUUAGAUGGAAAUGGGUACACAGAUAUUCUGGUUGUCAUUAACCCUACUGUACCAGAGAAUGAAGAACUUCUAAAUCAAAUCAAGAAAAUGAUUACCAGUGGAUCAGAAUAUCUGUUUGAAGCUUUAGACCGCAAGGUGUUUUUCAAGGAAGUGAAAAUACUGGUACCACCAACCUGGAAAGGAAAGUAUGAGAAAGCAACAACAGAAUCGUACAAAAAGGGCAAAAUAAGAAUAGACGAUUCAUUUUCACAAUAUGGUAAUGAGCCAUAUACUCAUCAACCAGAAGGAUGUGGACGUGAGGGUGAAUACAUUCAUUUAACCCCUGAUUUCUUGUUAAACAACCAUAUUUCUGAACCAUAUGGACCUAGAGAAAGGGUUUUUGUGCAUGAAUGGGCUCACCUCAGAUGGGGAGUAUUUGAUGAAUAUAAUAUGAGAGAACCAUUUUACUUGUCUGCUGCUGGUCAGAUUCAACCAACAAGGUGUACUGAUAAGAUUUCUGGCAAAUGGUAUGAACUUAAUAAUCAGAAUCCGAAACCUUGCCAAAUUGAUGCAUCUGGCAAACCCACAUCCAGCUGUGAAUUUUUUCCAGAUUAUAUGCAAACUGCAAAGGCCUCAAUAAUGUUCAUGCAAAGCUUAUUAUCUGUAAAAGCUUUUUGUGGAGAGAAGGAACAUAACUAUGAAGCCCCCAAUGAGCAGAAUAAACAGUGUGGAAAAGCAACACGUACAGUAAUCUUUGAGAACUCGGUAGACAAAGAUGCCCUUCGCAUUCUGAAUCCUUUGUCAUCUGUACCAACACCUCCGACAUUCAAAGUCCUACAGAGGGGAAUCCGGGUCGUCUGUCUCGUCCUUGAUGUCUCUUCAAGCAUGCAAGGGCUGAGAAUAAGUCAACAACAUCGAGCUGCUACGAUUUUCUUAAACCAAAUAAUAGAUGAACAACAAUUUGUGGGUCUGGUGACAUUUAGUACUUAUGCUAACAUACUAAGCCCACUGACAAAAAUAGAUGGACCGGCCACAAGACAGAAACUAAUUAAUAGCUUGCCAACAGUUGCAAGUGGGUCAACAUAUAUUUGUAAAGGACUCAGAAAAGGCUUUGAGCUUCUUCGAACGGAUGACGGCCAAACAAUAGGAGAUGAAAUAAUUUUUCUGACAGAUGGGCAAGCAUCUGAUAAUGUUCAGGAAUGUUUGCAGGAAUCUGUUCAAAGUGGUGCAAUUAUUCACACUUUAGCUUUUGGCCCAAGUGCAGACAAUAUACUGAGAACCAUGGCUGAUCAAACUGAUGGAAAGUUUAUCGUAGCCGAAGAAUCUGUACUUUCCAACCAGCUUGUGGAUGCCUUUUCCUCAUUGACAGUGUAUGAUGGAAACUCCUUCACACAGCCCAUUCAGCUGGAAAGCACUGGAAACGAUGUUAAAGAUUGGUUCAAUGGAACAGUUCCCAUCGACCGGUCUGUAGGAAACCGCACCACCUUUACAAUAAUAUAUGAAAGACGUGCACCAACUGUGAAUAUAGUGUCACCAAGUGGUGUGGUUUACGAUCAGAGACACAUCACUGACAGUGCGAACACAAUCACUUUCACUAUUCCAGGAACUGCAGAGCCAGGAAAUUGGAGGUACAGCUUCUUCAAUAAAGAAACAUCUGCACAACAAAUGAGUUUAACAGUAAUUAGUCGGGCAGCUCAUGACGAUGUUUACCCAGUAACAGUUACAGCCAGGAUGGACCAGCAGACCAGUGAUGGAACCAAACCCAUGGUUGUUUUGGCUGAGGUCAGUCAGAAUUAUAAUCCUGUAUUGGGGGCCAGUGUUUGGGCAAACCUGAGAUCAGAUACUGGGCACUCAGAAGAACUUCAACUCUUUGAUAAUGGAGCAGGAGCUGAUGUGUUCAAAGAUGAUGGGAUCUAUUCAAGAUAUUUCACUAAAUUAAAGCGUGGAAAAUACAAUCUAAAAGUGAGAGUGGAACAUCAGCAGGGAGCAGUCCAGGUUUUCUUCCACAGACACAGUGGCAGUCUGUAUAUACCUGGACAUAUUGUAGAUGGUAAAGUGAAAAUAAACCCUCCGAAGCCCAAAAUAAAUGUGCAGCCAGUUGAUGUGGGCAACUUCACAAGAACAGUCACUGGGGAAAGUUUUGUAGUGGACAGAGACACAACUAUAAAUUUCCCUCCAAACAAGAUCACGGAUCUAAUUGCGGAAAUCAAGGAGGACACCGUGCUUCUCAACUGGACAGCUCCUGGUGAGGACUUUGAUGUGGGAAAAGUCAUAUCCUAUGAAAUCAGAUGGAGUGACGAUUUAAAGAUGCUUCAAGAUAAUUUCACCAGCUGUGAUCUGGACAACAGUUCAUCACUUGUUCCUCAAGAGUCAGGCUUUGCUGAACAGUACUUUUUUCAGCCUAAUAUUACAAUAAAAAAUGGCACCACACUUUUCUUUGCUGUUCAGUCAAUGGACAAAGAGUCGACCAAGUCUGAGGUAUCCAACAUUGCUCGAGCAACAAAUUAUGUCCCAGGACCCUCACUUAUUUCAAAUAAAGGCCCGAAUGCUAUCAUCAUAUCUCUCUGUGUUGUGGCCAUAGUGGCUUGUGUUAUAGCUGUAGUAAUCAAAUGGGCAGUAAAACGUAAAAGAAAUGACUGAUGUUAGGAGAAAUCCGAAUACACUGCACUGCAAUGUUCACAUCUGUUUUUAUGUAUGUUAUUUUCUGAGAUUUAAAUAACCUAAGAUUAAUUCUAUUGAUUUAUGAAUAUUUGUAGUAUGAACAGAUUUGUAGUAGACGAUUCUCUGAAAUAUAUAUUUACUUAUUAAUGUGGAACUUGGCAAAUGUUAUGAUCUGAUUCUGUUUUGUUAAAGGUGAUUUAUUAUACGGUUGAACUAGAAAGCUUCCCUUUAUUUUAAUACUCUGUUAAUUCGCUCAUCAAAUCUCCUAUCAUUGUACAAACUGGAACACAUUCUUACAUCUUACAUUACACAAUUUUUAUAAUCUACAAUAAUUUCAGAUCUUAAAACAUUCAUUGAAAGAUAAAAUCUCAAGCAGUACAGCACUGUUAAUCAUACUGAACUCAAACAAAUGACAAUGUACAAUUA